CCUCCAUAGGAAUCUCUUUCCCCCUUAGGGUGAAAACCGGAAGUGGUGUCGGGUUUCCGCCUGGAGGGGGCGGGACCCAGUUUGGGAGCCAGAAAGAGGAGGGAGCAGCUGCGGGAGCCGUUUCCUCGAUGCUCUCAGUGAAGGAUGGCCAAGCCUCAGAGUAAGGACCCGGGUCUGAAGGAGAAGUUUAAGAGCCUUUUAGGCCUGGGGCAGUCCAGGCCCAAUUCAAAGUCGUCGGAAGGGAAGCAGACUGAAUUCAUCAUCACGGCAGAGAUACUCAAGGAACUGAGCCCAGAAUGUGGCUUGAACAACCGAAUUAAAACUAUUGGCCAAAUCUGUGAAGUAGCAAAAACUAAAAAAUUUGAAGAGCAUGCGGUGGAAGCAAUCUGGAAGGCCAUUGCGGAUAUGCUGCAGCCAGACCGGCCACCUGAGGCCAGACAUGCCGUGCUUUAUCUGCUGAAGGCAAUUAUUCAAGGACAGGGUGAGAGGCUGGGGAUUCUUCGCGCUCACUUCUUUAAAGUGAUCAAAGAUUACCCUUCGAAUGAAGAUCUGCACGAACGGCUUGAAGUCUUCAAGGCUCUGACAGAUAAUGGGAGAUACAUAACCUACCUGGAGGAAGAACUAGCCGAAUUUGUCCUCCAGUGGAUGCAAGUUGGCCUGACAUCUGAAUUCCUUCUGGUGCUGGUCAACUUGGUGAAGUUCAACAGCUGCUACUUAGAUGACUAUAUUGCCACCAUGGUCCGCACAAUUUGCUUUUUAUGUAUCCAGACGUCCUCUGCUGUUGAUAUUGAAGUCUCACUUCAGGUCCUGGAUGCCGUGGUGUGUUAUAACCGCCUGCCUUCCGAAACUCUUCCUGCCUUUAUUGUCACUUUGUGUUGGACCAUCAAUGUGAAGGAACUCUGUGAGCCGUGCUGGAAGCUCAUGCGGAACCUGUUGGGAACUCACUUGGGGCAUAGUGCCAUCUACAACAUGUGCCGGAUCAUGGAGGACAGGACCCACAUGGAGGACGCCGUCUUGCUUCGAGGGGCCGUCUUCUUCGUGGGGAUGGCCUUAUGGGGGGCCCACCGGCUGCAGUCCCUCAAAAACUCUGCCACAUCGGUACUCCCUUCUUUCCUGAAGGCCAUGACGUGUCCCAACGCCGUUGUGUCUUAUGAAAUAGUUCUUUCCAUCACGCGGCUCAUCAAGAAAUAUGGAAAGGGCCUCCAAGCCGUCACUUGGGACAUCCUCUUGGACAUCAUGGAGCAGUUGCUGCAGCAGCUGCAGACCCUGGAAAGCCAGGAAUUGAAGUCCAUCGUCCACGACUUGCUGACCACCGUGGAGGAGCUGUGUGACCAGAACGACUUCCAUGGAUCGCAGGAGAGAUACUUUGAAUUGGUGGAGAGAUGUGCCAAUGAAAGACCAGAAUCCUCUGUCCUGAACUUGAUUACGUACCGAGCACAGUCCAUCCACCCGGCAAAGGACGGAUGGAUUCAGAAUCUGCAAGUCUUGAUGGAAAGGUUUUUCAGAAACGAAAGCCGGAGCGCCAUCCGCAUCAAGGUUUUGCACGUCCUUUCUUUCGUCCUGAGCGUCAACCGCCAGUUUUACGAGGAGGAGCUGAUUAACCUCGUGGUCAUCUCCCAGUUGGCCCACAUCCCGGACGACAAGGACCACCAAGUUCGGAAACUGGCGACACAGCUUCUGGUGGACCUGGCUGAGGGUUGCAACACCCAUCAUUUCAAUAGCUUGCUGGAUAUCAUCGAGAAGGUGGCUUCCCAUUCCCUACUUCCUCCUCCGGAGCUGGAGGAAAGGGACCUUCUCUCUUAUUCGGCUUCUUUGGAGGAUGUGAAGACAGCCGUCCUGGGCCUGCUGGUCAUUCUCCAGACCAAGCUGUACAGCCUCCCUGCCAGCCACGCCACCCGUGUUUACGAGAUGCUGGUCCACCACAUCCAGCUCCACUAUAAACACAAGUACAGCCUCCCGGUUGCCGCCAGCAUCCGGCUGCAGGUGUUUGACUUCCUGCUCUCGCUUCAGGCCGACUCCCUCCACCGCCUGGGCUUGGCCUCCAAGGACGGCCCCGUCAGGUUCAGCCCUUACUGUCUCUGCGACUUUGUGGAGCCUGAGAAGAAACCCACCGGCCCACUUUCACCUCCUUCAGGGAGCCCCAGCCUUCCCCCUCAGAGCCCUGCCGUCCGCACUGGGCACUUGCCGUAUUCGCUGCUUUUUGGGGUCCUCCUGCAGUGUUUAAAGCAGGAGACAGACUGGAAAGUCCUGAAGCUGGUGCUGAACAAGUUGCCCUGGUCUCUGCAGUACAAGGUCCUGUUCUUGACCUCACCUUGCAACAUCGACCAGCUGUCUUCAGCCCUCUGUAAUAUGCUCACGGACAAAAAGAUGACUGAGCGCCUGAGGGGAAUUCCAGAAGGGCUUUCCCGAAAUGACCUCCAUCUGGCUGUGGUCCCGGUCCUGACCGCUUUGAUCUCUUACCACAGCUACCUGGACAAAACCAAGCAGAGGGAGAUGGUGUACUGCCUGGAGCAUGGGCUGAUCUACCGCUGCGCCAACCAGUGCGUUGUGGCGCUGUCUAUCUGCAGCGUGGAGAUGCCGGAUAUCAUCAUCAAGGCCCUACCAGUCCUCAUUGUCAAGCUGACCCACAUCUCGGCCACGGCCAACAUGGCCAUCCCCCUUCUGGAGUUCCUUUCGACAUUGGCCCGGCUGCCCCAUCUCUACAGGAAUUUUGCCGCAGAGCAGUAUGCCAGUGUCUUUGCUAUCUCCCUGCCCUACACAAACCCCUCCAAGUUUAACCAGUACAUUGUCUGCCUGGCGCACCAUGUCAUUGCCAUGUGGUUCAUCAAGUGCCGGCUCCCUUUCCGGAAAGACUUCGUUCCUUACAUUACCAAGGGCUUGCGGUCGAACGUACUCCUCUCCUUCGAUGACACUCCUGAGAAGGACAGCUUCCGGGCACGAAGCACCAGCCUGAAUGAAAGGCCCAAGAGUAGUUUUAAAGUAGCCAAAAAUGCCAGGCAGAGCUUGAAUCACUCUCCUCCUGUGAAAGAGCUGAAAGAGCCCUCGCCGGCCGAGGCCUUCCGGUCACGCAGCAUCAGCGUCUCUGACCAUGCGGCCCACAGCCGGAUCCAGACAUCCAUCACCAGUGCCAGCCUGGGGUCGGCGGAUGAGAACUCUGUGGCCCAAGCAGAUGACAACCUUAAGAAUCUCCAUUUGGAGCUGACUGAGACCUGCCUCGACAUGAUGGCCCGAUAUGUCUUUUCCAACUUCACUGCUGUGCCCAAAAGGUCUCCUGUGGGAGAGUUUCUCUUGGCCGGAGGAAGAACCAAAACCUGGCUGGUGGGCAACAAACUGGUGACCAUCACAACCAGUGUUGGGACAGGAACCCGGUCGCUUCUGGGUCUCGAUUCCGGGGAGCUGCAGAGCAGCACAGAGUCAAGCAGUUCAGAACAUCCCCUGCAAGUCAGACAAACCAAAGAGGCCCCGGCCAAACUCCAGUCCCAGGCUGGUCCACAGGUGGUCCGAACCCGCAACAGAGUCAGAUCCAUGUCUGGUGGCCAUGCUUUACGGGUCGGCGCCUUGGAUAGUUCCUCCUCCCAUUUCCCAUCCAACCCCAUGCCUCAGGGGUCUCAGGCUCCCCUGGCUCCCCGAGCCGAGAAGGCUGCUCCUGGGGCUCCACAGAAGGAGAAGGCCAACCUGGCCGCCUACGUUCCGCUACUGACUCAAGGCUGGGCCGAAAUCCUGGUGCGGAGGCCAACUGGGAACACCAGUUGGCUGAUGAGCUUGGAGAACCCGCUGAGCCCCUUUUCCUCAGACAUAAACAACAUGCCUCUGCAGGAGCUCUCCAACGCCCUCAUGGCGGCUGAGCGGCUCAAGGAGCACCGGGAGACGGCCCUCUACAAGUCACUUUCGGUGCCUUCCUCCAGCCUCCCUACUGGGACAGCCAAGCCCUCCCUCCUGCAGCGCUCCAACACAGUGGCUUCUUUCUCUUCUGUGUACCUGGCCAGUUCUCAAGAAAAGUUGUACAGGAGCAUUUCCUGGGCAGAAUCUGCCGUCGUCUUGGAAGAAGGAAGCCCCCCAGACGCCGACUUGAAAGAGAAGCCCUCUCACCCAGAAUCCCAGGAAAUUGAGGACUUUGAAGCUGCAGCCUCCGACCAAGGCCUCCUCCUCGCAGGAGAGAAGCUGAGUAAAGGGCAUGGGACAUAUAGCCGGUCUUCCUCGACUUCCAGCCAAGAGGAGAAAUCCCUGAAGCCAGAAGACUUGAGCUCCUUGGGCAUCCCCAUUGAGGGGAGCCGCCCCUUGGAAGACCGCCGGGCCUUGGAGGCCCUCUCCUUCCAGCCCUCACAGCCCCUCAGCAAGUCCAGCUCCUCACCGGAGCUCCAGACCCUCCAGGAGGCCCUCAAGGAACCCAGUCAUGAAAGUCUCUCUGGGAAGAUGAGCGGUGGUGAAGUCAAGUCGGGACCCUUGGAGAGAGAAGCGGUGGCUGGAUGGACGGCAAGGGGAGUAGUGGAGGAGGAGAGGGAUGCUCCCGGAGGAGGAGGAGGAGGAGGAGGAGGAGGAGGAGGAGGGACCCGGGUGAUGGGAGGCAUUCCUACCUCUUUGCCCCACUCCCCAACUGGACACCGGCCCCGAGGAUACACCAUCUCCGACUCGGCCCCCUCCCGGCGCGGAAAAAGGGCUGAGAGGGAGCCCUUCAGGACCAGAGCCACCCCUGCUGCCGCUGCCUCCAAUGCAGAGAAGGUGCCCGGGAUCAACCCAAGCUUUGUGUUCCUGCAGCUGUACCACUCUCCUUUCUUUGGUGACGAAACCAACAAGCCCCUCUUGCUGCCAAAUGAGACCUUUGAAAGAUCCGUUCAACUCCUGGACCAGAUCCCUCCUUAUGACACCCACAAGAUUGCAGUGCUGUACGUUGGAGAAGGGCAGAGCCACAAUGAGCUGGCCAUCCUGUCCAACGAGCACGGUUCCUACCGCUACACGGAGUUCCUAACUGGCCUGGGCAAACUGGUGGAGCUCAAGGACUGUCAGCCAGACAAGAUCUACUUGGGCGGCCUGGACGUGGGCGGGGAGGACGGGCAGUUCACCUACUGCUGGCACGACGACAUCAUGCAAGCCAUUUUCCACAUCGCCACUUUGAUGCCCACCAAGGACCUGGACAAAUACCACUGCAACAAGAAACGGCACCUGGGAAACGACUUCGUUUCCAUUGUUUACAAUGACUCUGGAGAAGACUUCAAACUGGGGACCAUCAAGGGCCAGUUCAACUUUGUGCAUGUCGUCAUCAAGCCCCUAGAUUACAACUGCAACCUCCUGACUCUCCAAUGUAGGAAAGAUAUGGAAGGACUUGUUGACACCAGCGUGGCAAAGAUAAUCUCGGAUAAAAACCUGUCCUUUGUCGCCCGUCAGAUGGCUUUACAUGCUAAUAUGGCAUCCCACGUCCAUCACAGUCGCUCCAAUCCCACGGAUACCUAUCCCUCCAAAUGGAUCGCGAGGCUGCGGCACAUCAAGAGACUGCGGCACCGGAUCCGGGAAGAAACCCAGUACCAGGCCUCCGGCUUCCCCGCCAUGCACCCUCCGACCGCGGGAAAGGCCUCUGCCCACAUGCCCCCAGACGCUGCCCCCACCUAUGAAACGGGGCAAAGGAAGCGCCUGAUCUCCUCAGUGGACGACUUCACGGAGUUCGUGUAGCUAGAAAUAAGAUGGCUGUGUGAGUCCAGCUGGCCACAGGACCCCCUCUUAGCCCUCUCACCCAAAUGGGUCACCACCAUUACAACAUGGGCUCGAUGUGCGGCGUCACCAGGACUCUAUUCUCCUUACUCUUGGGAGCCAUAUAUUUGGCUUUGGGUGUUGUUUUGAAAGUGCGCACAGUGUUGUUGGUGAAUGGCUGUCUUUUCCCCAAAGGACAUGAAAUAGGUCUUGCUGGCCUCAAUCACCUGGCUUUUGAGACACCCAAAAUGACCCGAGGUUUUGAGAGCUGAUCUUCAGUGGGAUUUCGCUGAUGUUUGGGGGGGGGGGGCAGAAACGGAUUGGCCGUAAACGGACCCUGGAUGUCCAGUGGGAAGGAAUGGGCCCCUCUUCUCUAUCUUGUAUUAGGCCAAGGAUGUCUCUUGCUGUUUUAAGAGGGACCUGAAUUGGCUUUCUUUCUCGUUUGUUUGCUUGUUAUGAAUGGUACGGACUUCAAACUUGGGGGUAAUCAUAGCCAAAAGUCCUUUGAAAUUUCUCUCAUUUGCUCAUACAACAAUAUUGCUCCUGGAAUAAAAGCCUUUGAAUGGC